UGAGACCCACCCCCUUCUUAGGAGCCGGAACUGUAGCCUUUCUCCUGAUUUUUAACCUCUAAUUGAGCAGAUGUCACUUUGCAACUUUUGUUUAACAUUAUUGUCAUUUUUAGACUAAUACGAUAUAUAAUCUACUUUGAAAAUAUGGCGAAAAAUCAUAAACGUUUGAAACGUCUAAAAUCAGAGAAGGCAAAAGUAAAAUUAAAGGCUAAGAAGUCUGUUAACCAGAUACCAAAGAGUUUGAAUAUUACGAAUACAUCGUUUAAAGUAAAGAAGAUACUAUUACCUGAACAACUAAAGCAUCGAGGUGAAACGGAAAUCGGUAUUUGCAAAUCGAACAUUAAUGAUCUUUUAACGCGUUUUCGGCAUUACAAUUCAACUGUAAGAGAAGAUGCAUUGAAACAAUUAAAAAAUAUCUUGUUACAAAAUUCAAAAUCUUUACAUUCGCAAUUGAGUUCUUUAUUGCGUGGUAUUGCGGCUUUAUCUCUUGAUAAAGAGAAAAAUGUAAGAAGGAGUUGUUUUAAUGCUUUGAAUGUUCUUCUUGGCCUUAUCUCGAAUGAACAAUUGUUACCCUUACGUGAAGUUGUAAUCUCUUAUUUGAGUUGUGCCAUGACCCAUAUUGAUCCACGUAUAAAAGAAGAUUCUUUACUUUUCUUAGAUGUGCUUGUACAAAAUUGCAAUAGUGUAUUAGCAAAGGAUAGUCAUAAAAUAUUACCUAAUUUUUUGGGUAUGAUAUGCAAAUUACAUAAUGAAGCUGGUCCUGAUGCUAAAUUGAUGACAAUGUUAAAUUCCAAAAAUACUACUGUAAAAUGGAGGAUUAAGGUUCUAGAACGUUUAGCUAAUAUAUUUACCUCUGUUGUCAACUAUAGAAAGUUUUAUAGAAAUACACAUUCGAAUCCACUUUCAACUACAAAAACAAGAACAUAUACCAAAUAUGUUCCCAUUUAUAGUAACAAUAUGACUCAAAUUUGUGAAGUUAAUCUUGAUAUAAAUGCAACAAGUAAUUGCACAGAAGAAAUUUUACCUAUAAAAGAAUUCGAAAAAUAUGUAGGUUUAUUAAUGCCAUUGAUGUUUGAUAUUUGGCUUGAAGUAUGUCCAGAUGAGAAAGUUGAGAGUUACACUGAGAUUACAAUUUCCAGCGAAGCAGCUACAUUAUUGAAAAAUAUUGUCAUAAUUAUACAAUCAAUUAUAGAAUAUAUUGAUACAUUAGAUCGUGAUAAUUGUAGUGUUAUGCAUAUAAAAUGUUGGUUCAAAAAUAGAUUUCACAAUACCUAUAUGAAGAAUUUUCUAUCAAAAUUUCCAUAUGGGGAAGUAAAACGAUCCGUUAGCGAAUCAAAAAGACGUCAGGAGGAUUUUUCUCAAGUAGUGUUCACAGAAAAAUGUCUAGUGCAAAACUUGGGUCUUUGUCAAAUACAUGUAUGGUUUACAUCUCUGUUUGAUCAUACAGAGCGGUUUUGUGCACUUAUCAAGAAUAAUUGCGAAUCUGUUGCGACAUACUUGAAUGGUGUUAUUGAAAAUUCGUGCGACUCGUCUGCGAUACCGCAAUUGACUAAUCUUUUGAGAGUUUUAUUUUUGAAAGCGAGCCCAGUUUGGUAUGUCAAUUGUAUUAAUCUGAGUCAUACUUUACAAUUGAUUAUUGAAGCAUCUUCUAGUUUGCCUAACAAAGAGUUACAAUCGCGUUUGUGUUUAAUUGUUGGUGAUAUUAUGUUGGAAAACAACUUGAAUGAAUUACACAGAGAGAAAGUAUUCAAAAACUUCGUUAAAAUCUUACCGAGUUUACUUCUAAGAUCAAGUAUAAACGACGUCACAAUUCGAAUGAUCAGUCAAAUAGUUCUACGUUUUAAGGAUUGGAUCCAGGAAGAAUUAGUAGCUAAACACGAGGCUAUUAUCGAAAAUGCUAAGAAGAUCGUCAUUCUAAAUUCACAUGAUGAUAGACAAUCGAGACUUAUGAUAUAUAAUCUAUUUUACUUUAUAGAUUCACAAAUUUAUUAUUAAAUUAAUAAAGUGAUCA